AUGCCCGAGACACCACCCUCAUCCGGAAACGCCACCCGUGUCACCCGCUUUACCACGACCAACGCCAGCACAGUCGAGAGAAUCAUCACCGUCGACCUCUCUCUCGAAACGCUGGACCAAGCUACAAGUCGCGUGAUCAAUACAGACCCCAACUUUAUCGACAAUCAGAUUGUUUCCAAGAAGAGGGAUAAUUCGAGGCGGGGUACUAUCACUUAUCAGGCUAGGGCUUGA